GUGCUUACAAACAUCACACCACUCGGAAAUAAUGCCUCUCGCUGAACGCUUUCCGUCCUCGUCAAAGAAUAUAUUUCUCCGAAACUAUAUCAUUUAAAUCGUCGACAAAUUACUUUAUGCAAUGAAGCAAAGUUAGACAGUCACGAAACAUUUCUCCGGAGAUGUAGUGAUCAGGUACCUAGCAACAUGGACACAAAGCUCUAAAGGCCAUUCCCUGCGUUACACGUUUUUUUUUAAAAAAGUUUUUGAACUACUGAUGACAAUACGGAUUAUCUACUUACCAAUGAUUUUGCAUCAUUGAAUGAUAGUGAGUUAUUUCUCUCAUCACCGAAAAGAAAAAUAACAUCGCCAACGAAAGGGAAGAACAAAUACUAUCUUUUACUGGAAAUAUUUACGCCAAUGCUGACCAAUUAGAACAACGCUUAAUUUUUUUUUUUCAAAAUUGAAAAGAUAAAAAACAUCAAUGGCACCGAACAUGAAGACAAACCAGUAGAUUUAAUACCACCCAAUGGCGGUCAAUUUAUCCCUUGAAUUUCGGUCACAGAACAACAUCAGUGACGAAUCUACGAAUGUGACAGCGAUGACUGACGAUAACUCGUACCUGAUUAUCAUCAACGGUUACGUCGUCCCUGCCCUCGCUAUCGUUGUGCUCCUAACGAACGCCGUCGUAAUCGCCGUCCUGCGUCGUCAGCAAACGUAUGGCGCGAGCCAGGCGGGGCUGGUAGGGAUCGCCGUGUCGGAUACCCUAACAUUGGUCCUACCAGCCCCGUUUUAUUUCUACUCGUAUGGACUAGGUAACUACGCGAUACAGUUUGGCUGGUGUCAGGCCAUGGACUGGAUAGCACUCUACCUGCCUACUAUUUCCCAUACAGCGUCCAUUUGGCUGACUGUCUAUUUGACCCUACAGAGAUAUUUCUACGUGUGUUUGCCCUUCAAGGCAAGGGGGUGGUGCACUCUACGCUAUACCAUCAUUUGUAUUGUCCUCAUUUACUUAAUGGCUGUGGUCGUGCACAUGUGUCGGUUUUUCGUGUUCGAGUACCAUAACAAUGUGUACUUUGACCCCUGGACCAACACGACGGAGGAGUACUGUAAACGUGAGUACCGGAUAUGGGUAGAUGUGUCCAUGUACUACUCCUCCUAUUUGGGUAUUCGGAUUAUAUUUAUUCAAUUUGUGCCUUGUGUAUCGCUCAUUAUUCUCAAUUGCAAAAUUUUACAUGGCCUUCAAACGGUGACGAACAAACGACUGCAACUAAAUACAAAUGCUCAGAGCAACCACGCUACAGUGAAGGAAAACAUCCGGGUAACUGUGAUGAUUAUCUGUAUGGCGGUGAUCACACUGUUGGUGGAGUUUCCGGUAGGGAUAAUCCAACUGCUUUAUGUGUUUCCCUUCAUGUUUGGUUACGAUAUCAUCGAGAUGAACACAUUGAAAUACGUGGAGGUCAUAGCCAAUCUGGUGAUUAUAUUUUCUUAUCCUCUAAACUUUCUUCUCUACUGCAGCAUGAGCGCCGAGUUCAAAGCGACGCUCCGUCAACUAUGCUGGAGUAACGCGUGCAGAGAAGGGAGUCCUCGAUCUUAUAGCCGAUGUUCUAAAAACAUACCGCCGCCCUCCAUAACCAUGGACGAAGGAGUCACCAUUAGCACCAAGGUUUAAUAAUGUUCUUGCAUGGUUGAAGGGACUCGAUGGAGUAAUUGUGUAAAUAUGAAACUUAAUCAAGCUCUUAUAUACAGGUAUUAUUGGAAAAUAAAGGG